AUGGCCCGCUUCUCGGCGUUCCUCAACCCCGUCCUGGUGCUCUUCAGCUGCGACCUCUGCCUCGUGCGAGCCAACAGGCCACCAUCCCCUGUCAACGUGACUGUGACGCAGCUGAAGGCAAACUCUGCCACAGUCUCCUGGGACGUCCCAGAAGGAGACGUGGUCAUCGGCUAUGCCAUCUUACAGCAGCGGCAAGAUGGACAGAUGCAGCGCUUCAUCCGGGAGGUAAACACCACCAACCGGGCCUGCGUGCUGUGGGACUUGGCAGAGGAUGCUGAUUACAUCAUCCAGGUGCAGAGCAUCGGCCUGUAUGGAGAAAGCCAGGCCAGUAAGCGUGUCCACUUCCGGACCCUGAAGGAGACUGACCGCCUCCCUUCCAACAGCUCCAACCAAGGUGACAUCACCAUGGAAGGGCUGGACAAAGACAGGCAGCUGCAGACAGGCGAGAUUAUCAUCAUUGUGGCUGUGCUGCUCAUGUGGGCAGCGGUGAUCGCCCUCUUCUGCAGACAGUAUGACAUCAUCAAGGACAAUGACUCCAACAACAACAAGGAAAAGACAAAGCCAUCCUCGGAGCAUAGCACACCAGAGCGACCGAGUGGAGGGCUGCUGCGGAGCAAGAAGAAGUCUCCCUCAGUCAAUAUAAUCGAGGUGUAA